AUGGAAGGAUCACUAGUUCCUAAUUUGGGGGUGAGAAAAGGUUCUUGGACUCGGGAAGAAGACAACCUCCUCAAGCAGUGCAUUCAAGAGCUUGGAGAAGGAAAAUGGCAUCAAGUCCCUCCCAAAGCAGGGUUGAACAGAUGCAGGAAAAGCUGCAGACUGAGAUGGGUCAAUUACUUGAGGCCGAAUAUAAGGAGAGGGAGCUUUACAGAGGAUGAAGUCGAUCUCAUUCUCAGGCUUCACAAGCUGCUAGGCAACAGAUGGUCACUAAUUGCGGGUAGGAGACCAUCAAAUGACGUGAAGAACUACUGGAACACCCACUUGCAGCAGAAGAACAAAUUAAGCCGAAGCCAAACGGAUGAGAGAGACGGCCAAAACCAUAAUAAAGCCUCGACCUCGUAGGUUUUCGAAAUGUCUCCACCAGACAAGAGAAUCUAAGCAAUCGGACG